CGCUUCGUUGCGGUUGCGCCAUCUGUCAGGAGCGGUGCCGGCGGGGAGGGGGCUGCCGCGGAGAGGAGGAGGGGUCGCCGCGAGUCAGAGGCUGUGGAGACCCGCCCGCCGGCCGGCCGCGGGAGCAGAGGGGAGGCUGCCCUGGGAGCCGCGCAUCCUCCUCCGUCCGGGCGCGCGGCGCUUCUCCCAGCGCACAGAGGACUCCCCGGGCGCACACAAAGCCCGGCCGUCGCCGCCCGCGCCAGGGAGGGAUCCGGCCUCCGGGCCGGGGACACCCCGGCGCCGCCCCCUCGGCGCUCUCGGAAGGCCCACCGGCUCCCGGGCCCGCCGGGGAGCUAGCGGAGCCGCCUCUGCCGCGCCGGAGGAGGGCGGGGAGUGGACCAUGUGAAGGGGCUCCGGAGCCCGAGCGCGGCGCAGUUUUGAAGAAGCAGGAUGCUGAUCUAGACGUGGAAAAAGUGGCAGUAAGGGCACAUAAGAGGGAAGAAACAGGGCAGUUGAAGGCCCAGAAGAGGAACGAGGGCUGGGUACAGCAAGUUCUCUGGACCAGACCUGCUGCUGUUUUAGAAGACAUGUGGUGUAUAUAAAGUUUGUGAUAGUUGGCAGAAAUUUUGGAAUUUAGAUAAUGGGCUGUGUGCAAUGUAAGGAUAAAGAAGCAACAAAACUGACGGAGGAGAGGGACGGCAGCCUGAACCAGAGCUCCGGGUACCGCUAUGGCACAGACCCCACCCCUCAGCACUACCCCAGCUUCGGCGUGACCUCCAUCCCCAACUACAACAACUUCCAUGCAGCCGGGGGCCAAGGACUCACCGUCUUUGGGGGUGUGAACUCUUCGUCUCAUACUGGGACCUUGCGUACGAGAGGAGGAACAGGAGUGACACUGUUUGUGGCCCUUUAUGACUAUGAGGCACGGACAGAAGAUGACCUGAGUUUUCACAAAGGAGAAAAAUUUCAAAUAUUGAACAGCUCGGAAGGAGAUUGGUGGGAAGCCCGCUCCUUGACAACUGGAGAGACGGGCUACAUUCCCAGCAACUAUGUGGCUCCAGUUGACUCUAUUCAGGCAGAAGAGUGGUACUUUGGAAAACUUGGCCGAAAAGAUGCUGAGCGACAGCUUUUGUCCUUUGGAAACCCAAGAGGUACCUUUCUUAUCCGUGAGAGUGAAACCACCAAAGGUGCCUAUUCACUUUCUAUCCGUGACUGGGAUGAUAUGAAAGGAGACCAUGUCAAACAUUAUAAAAUUCGCAAACUUGACAAUGGUGGAUACUAUAUUACCACCCGGGCCCAGUUUGAAACACUUCAGCAGCUUGUACAGCAUUACUCAGAGAGAGCCGCGGGUCUCUGCUGCCGCCUAGUAGUUCCCUGUCACAAAGGGAUGCCACGGCUUACAGAUCUGUCUGUCAAAACCAAAGAUGUCUGGGAAAUCCCUCGAGAAUCCCUGCAGUUGAUCAAGAGACUGGGAAAUGGGCAGUUUGGGGAAGUAUGGAUGGGUACCUGGAAUGGAAACACAAAAGUAGCCAUAAAGACUCUUAAACCAGGCACAAUGUCCCCUGAAUCAUUCCUCGAGGAAGCACAGAUCAUGAAGAAGUUGAAGCACGACAAGUUGGUCCAGCUCUAUGCAGUGGUGUCUGAGGAACCCAUCUACAUUGUCACCGAGUAUAUGAAUAAAGGAAGUUUACUUGAUUUUUUGAAAGAUGGAGAAGGAAGAGCUCUGAAAUUACCAAAUCUUGUGGAUAUGGCAGCACAGGUUGCUGCAGGAAUGGCUUACAUCGAGCGCAUGAAUUAUAUUCACAGAGAUCUGCGAUCAGCAAACAUUCUAGUGGGAAAUGGACUAAUUUGCAAGAUUGCAGACUUUGGAUUGGCCCGAUUGAUCGAAGACAAUGAGUACACAGCGAGACAAGGUGCAAAGUUCCCCAUUAAGUGGACAGCCCCCGAAGCAGCCCUGUAUGGGAGGUUCACAAUCAAGUCUGACGUGUGGUCUUUUGGAAUCUUACUCACAGAGCUGGUCACCAAAGGAAGAGUGCCAUACCCAGGCAUGAACAACCGCGAGGUGCUGGAGCAGGUGGAGCGCGGCUACAGGAUGCCCUGUCCACAGGACUGCCCCAUCUCCCUGCACGAGCUCAUGAUCCACUGCUGGAAAAAGGACCCCGAGGAGCGUCCCACUUUUGAGUACUUGCAGGGCUUCCUGGAAGACUACUUUACUGCCACAGAGCCCCAGUACCAACCUGGUGAAAACCUGUAAGACCCAGGUCUGCAGAGAGAUGCCUUGUCCCAGAGGCUUCCCCACCCCCUCCCCAUUAGCUUUCAAUUCCGUAGCCAGCUGCUCCUGAGCAGAGCAGCGAGAACCGUCCAGGAUCAGAUUGCAUGUGACUCUGAAGCUGACGAACUUCCAUGGCCCUCAUUAAUGACACUUGUCCCCAAUUCCGAACCUCCUCUGUGAAGCAUUCAAGACAGAACCUUGUUAUUUCUCAGACUUUGGAAAAUGCAUUGUAUUGAUGUUAUGUAAAAGGCCAAACCUCUGUUCAUUGUAAAUAGUUACUCCAGUGCCAACGAUCCUAGUGCUUUCCUUUUUUUAAAAUGCAAAUCCUAUGUGAUUUUAACUCUGUCUUCACCUGAUUCAACUAAAAAAAAGUAUUAUUUUCCAAA